AUGACGAAGAUAAGUCCUGAAUUUGAGGAUCAGAUCCUAACUGAGGGAGUUCUGUCAGUGUCAGCUGAUGUGAGUUUCAUCUCUAAUGGUUUUCCCAAGUAUAAAUUAGGACCUAAUAAUCAGAUACUGGAAGAGCCGAAGGAGAAUAAUGAUGGUCCGACCUUAAAAGAGGUAGUUGAACGGGAAACCACCCAUUUGUCAGAACAGCAUAAACGUCUCUCAGUUCGUGACCUUGCCAGUAAAUUUGACAAGAACUUGGCUGCUGCUGCUAAAUUGACUGAAGAGGCAAAGCUUAGAGAAGUGGCUUCUUUGGAAGGACAUGUUCUUUUGAAGAAGCUUAGAGAUGCAUUGGAACAUUUGAGAGGGCGCUUAGCGGGGCGAAAUAAAGAGGAUGUGGAGAAAGCUAUAUCUAUGGUGGAAGCUUUAGCAGUUAAGUUGACUCAAAAGGAAGGAGAACUGAUUCAGGAGAAGUUUGAAGUGAAAAAGCUGGCCAGCUUUCUCAAACAGGCAUCUGAAGAUGCUAAAAAGUUGGUUAACCAAGAGAAAUCUUUUGCUUGUGCUGAAAUUGAAAGUGCGAGGGCAGUAGUACAGAGAAUUGGAGAGGCUCUUGAUGAGCAAGACACAACAUCCGAAGCUUCUAAAAAACAGGAUGUGGAGGAACUAGUUGAGGUGGUUCAGGAAGCUAGGAGAAUUAAGUUGAUGCAUCAGCCAAGCAAGGUAAUGGACAUGGAACAUGAGCUUCGUGCAUUACGAACUCAGAUACGAGAGAAAUGCAUAUUUUCAGUGAAGCUUCAGAAAGAGCUGGCAAUGAGCAAGUGGGCAGAGGAAAACAAAUCCUGUUUAUAUCUUAUAGAUGGUUCAGAAACUCUAGGUGCAUAUCUACGAAUCCAACCUCGCUCAGAAAAUGCCCCGCAACUUUCAAAAUGUGCAAUUCAAUGGUAUCGUGUUUCAUCUGAUGGCAGCAGGAACGAAGCUAUUUCAGGUGCCAACAAGUCAAUUUAUGCUCCAGAACCCUUUGAUGUUGGCCGAAUCCUACAAGCAGACAUUAUUUCCAAUGACCAAAGAGUCACAGUGACGACCGCUUGUCCAAUUGAUCCUGCUGCAGGACUUGGAAGCUAUGUAGAUACACUUUUGAGAAAAUCUAACACUGAAUUUAAUGUGGUUAUUUCAAAAGUGAAUGGACAAGAUCAUCCAUCACAUUCUGUUCAUGCAUUUCAUGUUGGGAAGAUGAGGAUGAAGCUUAGUAGAGGAUGGAUUACAAAGUCUAGAGAAAUAUAUUCCUCUUCAAUGCAGCUAUGCGGCGUUAGAGGCGAUAUUACUAAUGCGGCAAAGGCAAUGUUUUGGCAAGCAAGGAAGGGUCUCUCAUUUGUAUUGACAUUUGAAACAGAGAGAGAAAGAAAUGCAGCCAUUAUACUUGCCAGGAAAUAUGCUCUUGAUUGCAAUGUGAUGCUUGCGGGACCAGAUGAUAGAGUAUAG